CAUUGUGCGCCCGAUCACGUUUCCACCUGUGUUCAUACAUCCCAUAACAUCACUGCCACCAUGGUUCCAUCGAUCGUCGUCCUCUGUGCUGUGUUGAGCGUGUUCUGGUCUGCGGAUGGCGCGUACAUCGACGAUCGACGUACCGAAUGCCGUACCGAAGGUUGUGUCACGCAAGCGGGUUGUGUGCCACGUUUUUCCCAAUACAACACGGCUCUAUACUGCUCCCAGCGGUGUGUUAUCGAACGUUGUCGGCCGGUGUCGGAGGAACCAGCUCGGAAACCCUGCCACCGGAUCACGUCGGUGGCCAACGGGAUGGUACUGGCCGCAACCGAGAGCUACGAUCGACGGGAUAAUGUCCGGUACGCGUCACUCGUCAGUCCGAACGCUGGUGAACGCGAUCGUUGGUACAUGACGGUGGGACCGGACAACUUGGGCUACUACAUUCAGAACAGUGACACCGGCGAGUAUCUGCGGGCGAGCGAAAACGACUACGUGUAUCUGGUGGCGGGUCGACCCAGCGAUGAGAGUUUCCUGUUCCGGCCGGACCUUGUGCGAGGUAGCUGGUCGUGCGUGUUGCUGCAAUCCGUGUGCUAUCGGGGGUAUUUGUUUGGUGAGCGGUAUAAUGGAGCUGGCCGAAGCUUUGCACUUAUGACGCGUGAUCUUCAGCGCUGCUACCAGGAGAGCCUGUGGAGUAUCAGCACUGUGAGCUGCUGAUCACAAGGGAGAAUGCAUGUUUGCCGGGGAUCGAAACGCCAUACUGCCAUAUUUGAACACUGCUUAAGAAAUAAAGGCACCUUUACAACGAAUCGAAGCGUCGUUCAUCGAUUUUUGAUGACAAACAAAUAAUUUUUGAAAACUACU